CCCCAGUUUCCCAGAGGCCAGCCAGACUGCCAUGUCUGUUUGUUUGUCCUCCUCGAUCAGCUCCUGCGAUGCAAGCAGCCGUAUCGGCAAUAAAAAUCUCCAUGUGCAGCAAAUUGGAGCAUGGACCUUCCUUGAAUGAUUCUUGCCCUCUUGGAACCUUCCUAAUAUUUUUUCUUAAUAAUUAAUAGCUCCGGUUAGGAGUAUCUUAGUUACCUUACCUCGUCGUCAUGCGAUGCAUCAACAAACCAAAAUUUUGCAUCUGUCUGCUUCACCCCUUUGUUCUUCUCCUCCAUGGGAGGACCUCUCUCUCUCCUCUCUCUGCUCUGCUGCCUCACAUUUCUCCUCCAAGGAGCAGCGCCUGCGACGUUCACCAUAACCAACAGCUGCGAGUACACGGUGUGGCCAGGCAUCCUCUCCAACGCCGGCGCCCCGCCGCCGUCCACGACCGGCUUCGCGCUGCCCCCGGGCCAGACGCUCGCGGCCACCGUCGCCUCCGCGUGGUCCGGCCGCAUCUGGGGCCGAACGCUCUGCGCCACGGACUCCUCCUCCGGCGCCUUCGCCUGCGCCACCGCCGACUGCGGCUCGGGCGCCGUCGAGUGCUCCGGCCGCGGCGCCGCGCCGCCGGCCACCCUGGCCGAGUUCACUCUCGCCGGCGGCACCGGCGGGGACGACUUCUACGACGUCAGCCUCGUCGACGGCUUCAACGUGCCCAUGCUCGUCGCCCCGCAGGCGCCGGCGGCGGCCAACGGGAGCUGCCAGGACACGGGGUGCCCCGCGGACCUGAACAGGGCGUGCCCCGCUGAGCUACGCGUCGCCGGCGGCGCGGGGGCGCAGACGGUGGCGUGCCGGAGCGCGUGCGAGGCGUUCGCCGAGGCCGUGUACUGCUGCAGCGGCGCGUACGGGUCCCCGGCGGCGUGCGCGCCGACGGCGUACUCGCGGCUCUUCAAGGCCGCGUGCCCGGCCGCCUACAGCUACGCGUACGACGACGCGACGUCGACGUUCACCUGCGCCGCGGCCGGCGGCGGCUACGACGUCGUCUUCUGCCCCGGCACGUCCAGGUAAGCACGGCGCGGCGGGCUGGUUUUCUUCGCACGUCUGUGCAUGCACGUAUUUUUUUUUCCUUCCCGGCUCGUACGGGCUCGGCACGUUCCGUCUUGCUCGGUUUGGGGUUGGGCGAUCGGCACGUCGUUGCCGCGUCCAUUGAUUCAUCGUGGAUGGAAGAAGCCGCAUGACAUGACAUGUCACCAGCCCAGGUCGUCACGACAGAUCACGGGCGAAGAUCAAGAUCGAUCAAAGUGAAAUAACAGGUCGAAAUCUGCAACUUGUUUGGGAUGACAGGCUGAUGACACGUAGUCCAAUUGUCAACAAUGCGCGAUGUUAUUUUGUACUUUGUUUGUCGGACCUUCCUCCUCUUUAUUAAUAUAGCAGCAGCUAUUCUGCUAGCUCGUUUAAAAAAAAUGCGCGAUGUUACCCUGUUCAUCUGAUUGGUGUUUGAAGAAGGAUGAGAGGGCCGGCAUGGGUUUAGAGACGCCAUUAGCCUCGUAUGAUCCUGAUGCUAGGGAGAAAUUGUUCGUCCUAGUUUAGCU